UAAAAGAAGGAGGGCUGAUGUGAUUCUGAAUGAGAAAGUGAGGGAUGUGGGACGGUCGCUAACACUGGACAGGACCCGUGUGUGAAUAACCCGACGGAGCAAAUACACUUUCCGCAAGCCAACCACCGAACCAGAGCGUUAACAUGGGGAAUCGCGUAGUUCGUGAAGAUUUCGAGUGGGUUUACACAGACCAGCCUCACGCCGACCGGAGGAAAGAGAUUCUGGCUAAAUACCCACAGAUUAAGUCUCUAAUGGGACCUGAUCACAGGCUGAAAUGGAUCGUCUGUACGAUGGUUGCCGUCCAGUUUUUGGCCUUCUAUUUGGUGAAGGACCUGUCCUGGAAAUGGGUCUUGUUCUGGACAUAUGCAUUUGGGAGUUGCAUGAACCAUUCAAUGACAUUAGCGAUUCACGAGAUCUCUCACAACACCGCUUUCGGGAACAUCCGCGCCAAAUGGAACCGUUGGUUCGCCAUUUUCGCCAAUCUGCCCAUUGGCUUGCCUUACUCGGCCUCGUUUAAGCGCUACCACCUGGACCACCAUCGAUAUUUGGGUGGAGAUGGCGUGGACGUUGACAUCCCCACUGACUUCGAGGGCUGGUUCUUUUGCACCCGCUUGCGUAAGCUCAUCUGGAUAAUGUUCCAGCCGCUGUUUUACGCCGUUCGUCCCCUUUACAUCAACCCCAAACCCAUCAGUCACCUCGAGAUCAUGAACACGGCCAUACAGCUCGCGUUCAACGCCCUCCUCUACUGGUUCUGGGGAGCCAAGCCCUUGGUCUACAUGAUGAUGGGCUCUUUGUUAGGAAUGGGUCUCCAUCCCAUCUCAGGACACUUCAUCGCAGAGCAUUACAUGUUCCUCAAAGGCCAUGAGACCUACUCUUACUACGGGUCCCUCAACCUGCUGACGUUCAACGUCGGGUACCACAACGAGCACCAUGACUUCCCUAGCAUUCCCGGACGCCGACUACCGAUGGUGAAGGAGAUCGCAGGCGAGUACUACAAAGAUCUUCCCUGUUACACGUCCUGGGUGAAAGUGCUUUAUGACUUUAUCAUGGACGAUGAGCUGAGUCCGUACUCCCGUGUGAAGAGACGACUGACAGGAGAUGUCAAACAAGAGUGACGAGUUAGCCAAGAGUUAGCCAAGAGUUAGCCAAGAGUUAGCCAAGAGUUAGCCAUCCCUGACCACAGACUGUCUUCACCUUCCCCGGCUCCAGAGUCGAGAAGCUUCCCGGCCACUCCGGUUUUUAGCGAGUGUGUUGAAGAAUUUUAAUUGUGAACCAAAACGACUAUUGCACAUGGUCUAAACAUUCAGACUCUUUUAUUAUAGUUUAGUGGAAUUUUCCUUUUUUACAUUUCAAUGCUAAUGUUUCUAAUUCCUGCGCGGCAGAUUUUAAACAUUGGGAGAUUAAAUAGGUCAGCAGUUGAUGUAGCUCUACAUGCUGAUUCAGUGUUCUGCUUAUCUGUCUGCUCGCCGGUCAUAUUUAAUGAAUAACGCAGAGCGCACCAAUAGAAUAUGUUCUUGUUGUUAUGUUAAUGCAUCAUAUUACAAUCUGCAGAUCUGCACCAUCAGAUCAGGGUCCAGUUCCUGUAACACUGAGAGCCAUUAUUGUAACUCAUCUCUUUUUAAUAGACCCCAAUGUCAGGCGCUU